CAACUUACGGAGCACUCAAAUGAAAAGUUGGCGUGAACUGAAUUUUUGCCCCAUUUCUUGUUCACGAUUCGUACUCCAAGUUGUCAUCCGUCCGAGAAACCAUGUCACCUAGCCCAGCACACGGUUCUACUGUUCGUGGAAACAUGAGCAUUCCCGAGAUCGUAGAACGGCUCCAUCGGGUCCAGUUGAUGAACGAAGAACUUGUGGAAAAGACCGGUAUCGCCGAACUACAAUGGUGUGAGACAAAUAAAGAACUCACCCAACGUAACAAUGAAAUCGGCCUAUUGAAAAAUGAUUUGGGGGAAAAAGACGACCAAAUUUCGCGCCUAAUGGAAGAUAUCGACAGCCAGAAUAAAAACCACGAACAAAGCAUUGCCCACCUUAAGCGGGAAAAUGCUACUCUUCAGGAAAAACUCGAUAAAAUUAAAAAACUGCGGAAAGAAGACAAGGUCAGGAUUAAGCAGCUCGAAGAUGACGUAGCCACCUUGCGGUUGGAAAAGGAAAAACUUCGCAGCGAAAAGGAAAAAGCGGAGAUGAAAGCGGCCGAAUACCGCAGAGAGAUUGACCGCCUUCAAGCCACGCUGGAUCAGCAUUACGCCGAAAUCUGUAAAAUACGUGCCAACAUGAGGGCGCAGGUCAUCGAAAAGUUACAACGAUUAAUGAGACCAGCACUAUACCAGCCUUUAGUCGAGUUUCUCGAGUCCUCUCAAACCAUUAACAGCCCGUUGCGGGUUGAGUUCGAAGCCAAUAUUGACACAGGAAAAGCCGGUACGCCGACACAAAAGGCAAACUUACUAAUCGGCAGCCACCCAGAAAUGAUGCAGCUUUCCACCGCUGAACAAACCCUGGAGCGAGAUGUUUUACCCGCUCUCAAAGAUAUGAUGGGUGUCGGAAAAUACGAUAAGUUUGUGAAGGAAUGGAACGAUCUAGCCCUCACGGAGGAUCAUGUUAACCUGCAGCGGAACUUCUUCAUAUGCUUAUCAAGCGGGAGAAAGCCUACCGAUGCUGCAGCCGAUUUUCUCGAAAUGUACCCCAUCCUAUAUUUUCCACUGCCUGCGUUCCAUACCGACAUAUUGCAAGUUAUAAUGAACAAACUCAGCCCCGACGAUUGGAAGAUUGUGAAGGCAGCGGUGUGGAAUUCAGGUCCACGCGAGGCAAAUGAUAUCAUGCUGAGAAGACUGUUCCAUGAAAUCGUUUACCAGUUUCGAGAUAGACGUUGGCCAAUUCGAGCCGGUAAAACGUUCGUUUACCGGUCCGGAUUUAAGUUCCUCAAUUGGGUGGAUUAUUUAUACCCGUUCAAGAGGAUUUUUUGGACCUGAGGGUGUGAAUUAUUCGAACAACGAUUAGACGUAUCUGUUUAUCUACAUUGAAGGGAGAAGUCGUUAUAUCAGGAGAAAUUUUUGAGUUGGCAGGAUUUUAUACAUUUAUAUCCAUAUUAUUAAACAUAUCUAGAUAUUUGUGCAUCCAACGUUGUAUUUGGUAGUAAAUAAAUAAAGUGGACUUCAACCAAUUUGUACGUAGUAUCAAAAUUUGAAUAAAUAUGACCACCCAAGCAA